UUUCCACUCGAACAGUAAGAUAAUGAGUACACCACGGUCACAUUGACCUGUCUACCGAACACAAAUAUAAAUAUAAAAAACAGACAUGUAUUCAAAGAAGUUUGGACGUCUCAUCUUAGGGUUUUGCACCCGCUGUUCAACAAGUGUGGUGAAUGGCACUCCUACUUCAACUCGGACUACAGUCAGCUGGACUUCAGUAUGUAAACAUCACACGCAGUUUCUGGAGCGUCGCUCUCAAAUGGGUUUCGCGCAUGUGAGGAUUCGCUCUGCCUCCAAGACCACUGUGGACCCAAAUGAGGUGAAGAGGUUCCAGCUUCUCGCCAACAAGUGGUGGAAUGAGCAGGGAGACUUCGCAGCCCUCCACUCCAUGAAUGACCUCAGGGUGCCUUUCAUACGGGAUAAUCUGUUGAACGCACAUGGUGGGCGGCGCCCGGGGAAACCCCUGGCAGGGCUCAGAAUACUGGACGUAGGCUGUGGAGGGGGGUUGCUCACUGAGCCCUUGGGUAGACUGGGGGCAGAUGUACUAGGCAUUGAUCCGGUGGCAGACAGUAUUGGGACAGCGGAGGUACAUGCGUGGCAUGAUCCAGACCUGCGUGGCAAUGUGCGCUACCGUGCCAUCACUCUGGAGGAGCUCUCUGAAAAGGGGGGGCAGGGAGCGGGGCAGUUUGAUGCAGUGGUGGCCUCGGAGGUGGUGGAACAUCUGGCUGACCUGGAAACCUUCACACUCUGCUGCAACCAGGUGCUCAAGCCAGGAGGCUCCCUCUUCAUCACGACCAUCAACAAGACCCAGCUGUCGUACGCCCUGGCCAUCGUGGCAGCAGAGGAGGUGCUACGCAUCGUGCCCAGCGGGACCCAUGACUGGGACAAGUUUGUCAGCCCCAUGGAGCUGGAGCGCCUGCUAGAGUCCAAUGGUUUCCAUGUGGAGUCUAUCCGAGGGAUGCUGUAUAACCCUCUGUCAGGGGCCUGGAGCUGGACAGAGAGCACCAGCAUCAACUACGCCCUGCACGCGGUCAAACUCGAGGAGGAACCGAACCUUGACGAGGACGACCCCGAAGACCCCACCGUGAUAGUGGCCCAAGCUAAGGCCAGACGCUGGUACAACUGACUUGACCGCGGGAGAGAGUUGUCAUAAGUGGUCCGCUGCAACACAGAUCCUCUGAUCUCUGAAGGGAAAGGCAAUGGACCUGAAAAACACAAAGCAUUUGAGAAAGUUAUAGUUCAGUGCUUGAUACAAAUACAUAGUGUUUUCUUUCAGCCAGGCCAUGAUGAUUCUGUGAGUUCACAGCAUAAUGAGUCCCUCUGAAUUGCGUGAACUGUUUAAGCUUUCAAGGCUUGUCAUUACAAUGUCAUCUGUUAUGGUAGAAGUGUUCAUCAUCAUGAUUGACAUCUCAGGUCUCUGAUUUACUACUGAGCAGGAUGUUUUCUUCAAAUACAGUCACAAUGUCUGUUCAUCAAAAUCCAUUGUAUGGAUAUUGUUUGUCUUUGACAUGCUUAUUAUAUCCUCCAUUAGGAAAUGAAAUGGUUUCCUUUUAAGAUUCUCUGAUCUGACGAUUAUUCCUCUCUAGUGUCAUUUCAACAGUGUGAAGAUACAGUCCAAAUCAGUGAUGUGGUGUUUCAGUUGUAAAUCCUGUGCUGAAAUUCAGGAUCUGAGGGCUUUUUAUAUUAGAAAAGUCUUUAGAUUUUCUGUCCGCAUAUUUCCUGCUAAUCCCUGAAAUAUAGGAGGGGGAGAUCAGGCUGCUUCGGCCUUUUCUUGCUCUCUUUCUCUCUACUCUGUAGCCAUGGUGAUUUUGAGAUUAUAAUUGGCUUCUGGCUGAACUAUUACAUAAGACUCAAACAAGCCUCCCAACUAAAAUCAUGCUUGCAAGUUAUUAUUCAAAACAGACACAAUCAUUGGCCGGAUGUUUCAAGAAGUGCAGUCACAGUAGUGUAUUUGAUCGUCCACAGAUGGUCUGUGUUUCUGUCACGCCCAGGACUGUGUUGAAAUGUAAAAAGGUAUAUGUUUUUUUUUUACCCUCAUGACACAAAUGUUGUUAUUCUAGUCACAUGCCCCACUGGCUUCUAACAAAUUUGCAUUUAAAAGCUGCUCAUUUUAUGUCCAACUUGGAUUAUGGGUCAAUGUAGGCUGUAGAACAGUCCAGGGCUGGUUUUCAGUCACAUACAUAAACAGAAUAAGAUUGCUCUCCCAUAAAUUUAGCAGACCAGGAUGAACAUGUACAAUCUGUCCAAUAGACUAGUCUACCUCCACUGACGUGAGCGCCGCUGGAGUGCACACGCUUGCAGUAUGGCUGUGCAGUAAGGAUAUUGGAUGUAUAAGCAGGAAGCUAUAAUAAACGGAUUAUUGAAUACGA